AUGACUGCUACUACUGUUGUCCCUGUGUUAUGCUUGCCAAACAAUUCAGAAAGUUUCUCUGUGCAGGAUGCUUUGGUCAAAGUACAACUCGUUGUAAACGGUGCAAGUCUGUUUGGUACUGGUAUGAUCUUAGUGUUGGUUUUGAGCACAUUUGCAAUAAGUCUGAAAGAAGCAUCAUUUUCUGAUUUGUCCCUGCUGAUCUGUGAUGUUUACUUAACAAAUGGUUAUGAAACAGAAAUUAAUCGAACAAAGGAUGCUGGCCCUUCACAAGGAAGUAAUGGGGUUACUGGCAUGGGAAUUAUGAAGAUGAUUGGCUUCAUGAAGCCUUCAAAACUUGAGAGACUAGAGACUUCAGAAGUAAAUUCUGACCAGCAUAAGAAAGUUAAGAUGCUAUUUCCGUAUGAAGAUUUUGUGAAGUUCUUUCAGUAUGAAGUUUUCAACAUGUCUCCAAGAGGUCUUAUAAAUUGUGGAAACAGUUGUUAUGCCAAUGCUGUAUUGCAGUGUCUGACCAGCACAAAGCCUCUCCUUGUGUUUCUGCUUCAGAGAUUGCAUUCUAGAGCUUGUUACGAUUGGUUUGAUUUACAAUGUCUUGCUUUUGCAUUCUAG